AACAGAAAUUUAUAUCAUUGUAGCAUUGAUUUUGCCAGAAGAACAUUCCUAAUGACUGUAAAAGUGUCAUUUGUGAAUGUUUUCUUCAACAAAGUGGUGUCAGACUACAUUGCUAUUAUUUAAUUUGCCAACAUGGGACCUUUAUACAACAUGAGAGACAACAGUACUCUUCAUUUUCUCAAGAGGCGAAGGUACCAACCAGUCAUAAUAUUAAUAAUGCUGCUUCCACUAAAACAGGUCAGAGGAUCUGUUCUGGAGGACACACUAAAAAUGUGGUCUCAGUAUAAAGACGAGUGCCUAGAAAAAUUAGAAAGAGAGAGAAGUUCGAUAACUGGAGUAUAUUGUAAUGGAACAUUUGAUCAAUAUGCAUGCUGGCCUCAUUCCCCUCCAGGGAACAUAUCUGUUCCAUGUCCGUGGUAUCUACCCUGGGUACAGUCAGGAAACAUGGGCUAUGUCUACAGAUAUUGUUCUGACAAGGGAAUUUGGCAAAAGAUUGAAAACUCAACAGACAUUUGGCGAGAUCAUUCCGAAUGUUCUGAAAAUAAUCACUUCAAACAAAAUGAAAAAGAAAGAGCCUUACUUUCAAUUCUACAAAUAUGUUACACGGUUGGGUAUUCUAUUUCUCUCGCAACACUAAUUUUGGCUUUAUUAGUGCUUCUUAUAUGCAGAAGGCUUCACUGUACCAGAAACUUCAUCCACGUUAACCUAUUUGCAUCCAUGAUAAUGAAAGCUCUGACAGUUAUUGUGAAAGACGUUGCCUUGCACAACACAUAUUCAAGAAGAUAUAAUGAUGAAAUGGGAUGGAUGUCUUUCUUAAAGCCUGAGGUUGUUGCCACUUGCAGAGCUUCUCAAGUCCUCAUGCAUUUUUUUACUGGGGCAAAUUACUUCUGGCUGCUAGUGGAAGGCAUAUACCUCUACACAAUCUUAGUUACUGUAGUGCUAUCCGAAAAGGGGCUCCUGAAGAGAUAUCUUGUCAUUGGCUGGUUAUUUCCUGUACUCUUUGUUACUCCAUGGGUAGUGGCAAGAAUAUGUUUAGAAAAUAUCGGCUGCUGGGGAAUGCAUGAAGAUUCCAGGAUUUGGUGGAUUAUUAGAGGACCGAUGCUGCUCUGUGUAUUUAUAAACUUUUUCAUAUUUCUCAAGAUUUUGAAACUUUUACAAUCCAAACUGAAAGCCCAGCAGAUGAAAUUUACAGAUUAUAAAUGCAGGCUAACAAGAGCAACGCUUGUACUAAUUCCAUUACUGGGUAUACAUGAUGUUGCGUUUUCUUUUUUUACUGAUGAGCAAGUGGAGGGAAUAUAUAAACACAUACGACUAUUUUUGCAACUGACACUCAGCUCAUUUCAGGGUUUUCUAGUGGCCACAUUAUACUGUUUUGCAAAUGGAGAGGUAAGAGCAGAACUCCGAAAACAAUGGGACCUCUUUCAGUUACAUUAUGUUCCAUGUCAAAAUUUCUUCAGCAACAAAGUGAAGUAUCAAACUAAAAGUUCAAAGCAGCAAAAAAGCAAACUCUUUGCAGGCAAUGGACUUUACCAAGAAGUUAAGCGUCCCAGCAGUGUCCAAUUGCUACAAGUGACUGUCAAUGUGACAGCGGACUUGAGUCCACAGCCCAAUGUCCCAGUUCAGUAUUUUGCCAGAGGAAGUGUGUCAGAAAGUAGCGAUGGAGGUUUAACCUUGGGUGAGACAAUAGAGGAGACACUUGAAAGCGAAAUUUAAUUGUUUACUGUGAAAAUACAGCUCAAAGGUUAUCAAAAGGCAUUAU